AUGAUCUGGCUGUCCAAGGAUGUCCACCUCCAAAUGGCAGGUUUCCUUCUGGCCACCAUAGCAUGGAUCCUCUCCAGCACGUCCAUGGGCCUCGUGCAGUGGCGAGUGUGGUACCAGGACAGGCCCUUGCGCUCCUACCCGAGCACAGCCUUCGUGGGAAUGUGGAGAGUCUGCGUUUACCACCACGCCAGCAAUUCCAGCCGGGCGCAGUGGUGCCUCCCGUACACCUACCGCGACGCCUGGCUCCCAGUGGACAUCCGGGUUUCUCAACACCUGCUGCUGGCCGCCAGCAUUCUUGGGCUGUUUGCGAAAGCCUUGACCAUUUUUGCACUUAGGAAUGUGCACAUGGGAAGGCUGAAGAAGACCGCCUGCAACCCCUUUGUCCUUUCAGGGAGCCUGAACUUACUGGUUAGCAGCUGCGUCUUGGUGCCCGUCCUGUUCAGUUACCACUCUAUCACUAACUUCAAGGAGACUGCCUUCUCCUCUGCUUUCCCUGUGCCCUUCAAGCCAGAUACUCAGAAGAUUGGAAGUGCCCUGGUAGUGGCAACCGUAGGCGCAUUCCUGUUUUUUUUAAGUGGCAUAAUUUUCUUUUCUUACCCUGUGCCCUUGGACAUCACAGUGUAUCCCGAGGAUUCAAAAUGA